AUGACCGUAAGGAGUGGUAGUCAACAGGUGGCUGUACAUAGUGGUAGACAACAAAUGACAGUAAGCAGUGGUAGUCAACAGGUGGCUGUAUAUAGUGGUAGACAACAAAUGACAGUAUACAGUGGUAGUCAACAGGUGGCUGUAUAUAGUGGUAGACAACAAAUGACAGUAUACAGUGGUAGUCAACAGGUGGCUGUAUAUAGUGGUAGACAACAAAUGACAGUAAGCAGUGGUAGUCAACAGGUGGCUGUAUAUAGUGGUAGACAGCAAAUGACAGUAAGCAGUGGUAGUCAACAGGUGGCUGUAGGGAGUGGUAGACAACAAAUGACAGUAAGCAGUGGUAGUCAACAUGUGGUUGCACAUAGUGGUAGACAACAAAUGACAGUAAGCAGUGGUAGUCAACAGGUGUCUGUAUAUAGUGGUAGACAACAAAUGACAGUAUACAGUGGUAGUCAACAGGUGGAUGUAUAUAGUGGUAGACAACAAAUGACAGUAUACAGUGGUAGUCAACAGGUGGAUGUAUAUAGUGGUAGACAACAAAUGACAGCAUGCAGUGGUAGUCAACAGGUGGUUGUAUAUAGUGGUAGACAACAAAUGACAGUAAGCAGUGGUAGUCAACAGGUGGCUGUAUAUAGUGGUAGACAACAAAUGACAGUAAGCAGUGGUAGUCAACAGGUGGCUGUACAUAGUGGUAGACAACAAAUGACAGUAAGCAGCGGUAGUCAACAGGUGGCUGUAUAUAGUGGUAGACAACAAAUGACAGUAUGCAGUGGUAGUCAACAGGUGGCUGUAUAUAGUGGUAGACAACAAAUGACAGUAAGCAGUGGUAGUCAACAGGUGUCUGUAUAUAGUGGUAGACAGCAAAUGGCCGUAAGCAGUGGUAGUCAACAGGUGGCUGUAUAUGGUGGUAGACAACAAAUGACAGUAUGCAGUGGUAGUCAACAGGUGGCUGUAUAUAGUGGUAGACAACAAAUGACAGUAAGCAGUGGUAGUCAAGAGGUGGCUGUAUUCCUUCAUGGAAUUAAAUAA